AAAAAAAAACAUUGAGUGACCCACAAUGAAAAUCCCAAAUGUAAGAUUUGAGGAUAUCAUGAAACCACCCCCACCACUGACUAAGGAGCAGUUUUUAAGACAACUUAAUUUAGUGCCAGUAUCAAAUUCUCCACCACAGCCGUCAACAAGUCAAUCAGACGAAUUCUUGAAUAUAAUAAACAUACCACUUAGCUCAGAAAGGGGCAAAACUUGGUUGGAGAAAGAAAAUUACCAAGUGCCGGAUGAUUUAAUUACCAAGGGACUUGAAAAAGUUGUGCCUUCAACAUCAAAAUCCUCUAAACCUAAUAAACCAAUAUAUAGGCGAAAGUACAAAUUUCCUAAAAGACAACAGCAUCAAAUGAAAAAUUAUCAUAAAAUGUUGAAGUUUUGCAGACCUCUAAGUGUUGCCUUAGAAUAUUGUGAUUUGCACAAACUUAAAGAAAAGUAUGAAAAAGAGUUGAAGGAAAAUGCUUCUAAAGAACUGGAGGGACAGCCAAAGGAAUUGACUGAGAAUGAAGAGAAAAAGAUACUAUCUAAGUCUGACAUCUUGGUGUCUCUUGAUUCUGGAGGUCAAGAGCAAACCAGUCACAAGGAGUAGGCUGGCGAUGACGGGUACCAAAGAAGCUUCCACAGAUGGAGCUGUUGAUUUGGAAACAGUUCCUCAAUGGAGUGUAAAAAAUAUGUAAUAAUAUUUAAAUUUAAUUGGUUAUUACUAUAAUAGUUGUUAUAAUAUAUGUUAAUAAAUAUUAAUUUGAGUGAG